UAAAACAACUUCACACCGAGGUUAACCUUCGAACACGCCACACAAAAUUGUCGAAGCGAUUUGUGAAGUAGAAGUCUAGUCCUUUUUUGAGCAAAAAUUUAUAGAUUGGCAGUAUGAGCCGACAUCGCUUUAACAAUGUACAGAUUAAGGCUCUUCCCGGAGGACUUAUGGCCCACAAGGAGCCGGAUGCGGAUGGCGGGCAGCCCAGUUCGAAGAAAAUGCCCUUGUGGCCAAGCGAACGUAUUGGUCCGGGUGGCUCUGGAGCUUUUCACUCAGCAAAAGUGGAGUACAGCAAGGAAACAGCCGAUCUGAUUCGAUUGCUCGUCAAAGAGUCCAAGAUGUCGAUGUUGGUACGCAAGCAGAUUGAUGAGAGUCUAAGAACUGGGGAACCUUUGCCACUUCCCGAACCGCCGCGUCCCAACACCAAAAACGAUCCGGACAAGGAGACACUGGCCAUUCUGGACCGCGCACGCAAUGCCAAGCGAAAGAAUCUUCGUCAGAUUGAGGCGAGCGGAGCUUACAAGCAGAGCUACUACCGUCCGCCGACGGAUAAUAGGAUGCAUGGGGAGAAGGCCAAGUCGCAGCUUCAGUUUACCAUGGCCGGGACUCAUUUGCCGGAUCCAGCAAUCAAGCCACGACGACGUCCACGGGAGGAGCAACUUGUAACGGAGGAGGACCUAAUUAAUGAGCUUCUCGACCAAAUCAACGAGCGUGCCGAGUGGUUGACCGAAAUGGAGUCGAUGGGUCAGGGAAAAAAGUAUCGUUCGGAAAUAAGAGAUCAAAUCGCCGAGCGUCUGCGUCGCGUUCAAGCGCUGGAAUCUAAGAUAAAGAUGAAAUCUGAUGGGGGCUUUCGUUUUGUGGACUAAACGCGUUGGUCUGUUAUCCAAGUUUACUGAGUUCUUUUAUGUAGAACAAACCAAUGGAAUAAAUUCCAAGAUUCAUUCGAAUUAUGUGGGAAUUUCUGUUAACACUCGAUUAAUAAAUAGCUUUAUUCAACUUA